CCGGUGGGAGCACUAAGGACUGCGGAGCAGAGGUGAAACACCAUGAUGAUCUGGAUCGCUCCUGUGCUGCUUCUGCUAUGUUUUCUCCUCACACGCCGCUGGAGAUACAAGAGUGAGCCUCCUCUCGACCAAGGGAUGAUCCCAUGGUUGGGUCACGCACUUGAGUUUGGAAAAGAUGCGUCCAAGUUCAUCACUCGAAUGAAGCUGAAACAUGGCAACGUAUUUACUGUGCGUGCUGCAGGCCGGUACGUGACCCUGCUAUUGGAUCCACACUCUUAUGACGAGGUCAUCAAUGACCCAGAUUCGCUGGACUUUGGGCGCUACGCGCAGGUGCUUAUGGGGCGGAUUUUUAACCUGCGGCUCCCGCUUCACCAGCCGGAGAAAGCCAAGGCGAUGAUGAAAAGGCACUUUAUGGGAGCGAGUUUAUCAACGCUUAACAGCACCAUGAGUCGAAACCUGGAGACCCUUUUGAAAAGCGAGAUGCUGCACAACCAGAGCUACUGGAAGGAGGAGGGCUUGCUCCAACUCUCCUACAGCUUACUGUUUAAGGCGGGAUAUCUGACGCUCUUUGGAGGAGAACAGAACAACAACAGCACAGAUCCCUCUAGAGUUUAUGAGGAAUACAAGAAGUUUGAAGGUCUUUUAUGCGGUCUGGCGAGAGGGACUCUGAGAAAAGAGGAAAACAGGACUGCACAGGGCAUUCAGAGAAAGCUUGGGGAGCUCCUGGCUCCAGCUGGUCUGACGGAGACCUCCGGGUUAAGCCCUUGGCUCCACGCCUACAGGCGGCUGCUGCAGGAGGACGGAGUCGAUGAUGAGUCACAGAGAAAGGCUUUGCUGAUGCAACUCUGGGCCACGCAAGGUAAUGUCGGUCCUGCUGCAUUUUGGCUUUUGGGCUACUUGUUGACUAACCCUGAAGCCCUGAUGGCAGUGAAGAGGGAGUUUGGCCAGAUUUCACAGAUGGAGAGGUCAGGAACUCCUCUGAUCGACAAAUCCAUGAAGACCCCAGUGUUUGAUAGUGUCUUGGAAGAGACUCUUAGACUCACUGCUGCCCCCUUCAUAACAAGACAGGUAGUGCGGGACAAGACCCUCCACAUGGCUGAUGGGCGGGAUUACCUGCUAAGAAAGGGAGACAGGGUGUGUUUGUUCCCUUUCGUCAGCCCUCAAAUGGACCCAGAGAUACACCCUGAGCCACAGAAAUUCAAGUUCAACCGCUUCAUGAAUGAAGACGGAUCGGUGAAGAAGGACUUUUACAAAGGAGGAAAGAGGCUGAAAUAUUACACCAUGCCGUGGGGUGCAGGGAGCAAUGGUUGCGUGGGGAGGGAGUUUGCCAUCAAUACCAUCAGACAAUUUGUUUACAUGUUGCUGACCAAUUAUGAACUGGAGCUCUGUGACCCAAAUGCGCAGAUUCCAGAGAUAGAUGCCAACCGUUACGGAUUUGGGAUGUUACAGCCUGAGGGCGACUUGCUUGUCCGAUAUAAACCAAAAGAAGCACAUUAAUUGUUUUUAACAUUUCAUUGCAGGAUCAUUAUUAAUAUUGUCAAUAUACCUUUUGUACUUUUGUAUUUAUUUUUUAUGUGUUAUAAGAACUAUAUUUUUGCUAUUUAUCAAUAAAUAUGAACAAUACCUUUGCAAAACUUUGUGAA